GAACGGAUCACGCCCGAGGAGCUGGUGAUGCGUACCUGCGAAAGCGUCUUCCACGUCCGCUGCUUCGCGUGCGUCGUCUGCGGUAUGCGCCUACAAAAGGGCGAUCACUACGUCUUCAAGCAGGGCCAGGUGCUCUGCAAGCCCGACUACGAAAAGGAGGUGGAGAUGCUGCAGGGCUACUCGCACAGCGAGUACUUCUGCGACGAAAUAAUACCGUCGCCCCGAUCCGUCGACGGACGCAGGGGGCCCAAGAGACCGCGUACGAUUCUGACCACCCAGCAGCGUCGAGCCUUCAAGGCGUCUUUUGAAGUCAGCCCGAAGCCCUGCAGAAAAGUGCGCGAGGCGCUCGCCAAAGACACCGGCCUUAGCAUUAGAAUCGUACAGGUGUGGUUCCAAAACCAAAGGGCGAAGAUGAAGAAGAUGAAAAAGAAGGCCGGCCAGGAAAAGCUGGGCGGUGACUUGGACGACGACAAGAAGAUAGGCGUUAAAGAAGAAGAACAAAGUCCAGCGGCUUUCCUGAAUGACAGCUGCAGCGACUCAGAGACGGGGAAGGACGUUUUCUCCAGUAUAAAACAAGAGAGUAACCUAUUCCUGAACAUAAAGGAGGAGCAGGACAGCAAUGGGGCCUUCUUCAAACCCGACGGAGGUCAUCACCUGUCCAGUUCCGGUCUUACCGGCGGCGUUGACAAGUUUCAGAGUGGCUACGUCGGUUUUCCCUUCGCCAGUCUGGAUUCCGGUCAGCUUUCCAUGUUCUUAACGCCACCACCCGCGCACAAAAAUGUCGUAACGCACUCCGUUCACUUGGACAUCAAUCCGAUAGAUCGCUUGUACUCGAUGCAGAAUUCGUACUUUUGCGCUGAGGAACCUUCGAUAAUUGACCACUAGGACGUUUUCGUUGACGCUUCGCUUUUCGCAUUUGUUCUGUUAAUAAUGUCGAUGACUUAGUUUUAUAUACAUAA